CAGCCUGGACUAACACAAAGCUUGAACUCUUGAGCAACAGCUAAGACACUUUUGAAAGCUGUUCAAACAUAAAUCAACGCCAACGGGCAAGGCAUAGGUAGAGAUCAUACCUGAAUUCACACUGAGGACGGCAGCAUCAACUAGAAGAUUGCCACCAUGUUUUCUUUGUGUAUUGCUAUUCUUGUGCUCUCAUUCCUUGGCUCAUCUGAUGGCAAAACAUAUCAGCUAAAGGUGCGAACAUCCAAGCAUAUUGGUGCUGGUACUGGUGAAAAUGUAAAAAUCACAUUGUUUGGUUCAAACGGCAAGAAGGUUUUUAAAGAAUAUAAUGGAUGGGGAUUGCAUAUGUUCGACUUUGGAAUGACGAAUGAAUUGGAGUUAGAGGGAGAAGACAUUGGAUCAAUCAUCGACAUCCAGGCUCAGAUCGUUAAAACAGGACGGUAUCUUGACAAAUGGAGGUUGUUUUGGAUCAAGGUUUUUGCUGAUGGAGAUGCCUUUAAAGGAACAUUUGAAUACACAUUUCGAUCGGAUAAAGAAACAUCCAACGCUAAACUCUUCGAGAUUCUGGGUUGCAGAGAAGGCUAUGAACCUACAGAAAUCGGAGGACGUAAAACGUGUGCGGAUCGAAACGAAUGCCUAGUGACCUGCAAAGGACCUGGUCAGGAAUGCGUAAAUAUUCCUGGCUCUUACCGAUGUAACUGCAAACCUGGAUUUUAUUUCGAUGGUUCAGAAUGCCGAGAUUACGAUGAAUGUCUGCAACACGAUCAAGAUCCUUGUAGCUACCCUAAUGCUCACUGCAAAAAUCUCCCUGGAAGCUAUGAGUGCCGUUGCAAUAGAGGCUACGAAGGAGAUUACCAUUCCUGCCAAGAUAAGGAUGAGUGCAAGCUGAAUCUUCAUAGCUGUUCGCAGAAAUGUGUAAACAUUGUUGGUGGCUACAGAUGUGACUGCAACACUGGCUUCAAACUGGCUGUUGACGGAAAGACAUGUUUAGAUGCUGAUGAGUGCAAGGGUGCACACUCCUGCAACUUGACAACAUCAGUUUGCUACGACGAAUACGGGAGUCAUCGUUGCAUUUGCAAAGCUGGGUACAAGGAAGACACAACAGACCCAAAGAGAAAAACUUGUAUACCGAUAGAAUGCCAGCCAUUAAGCAACAUGGAAAAAAGCAUUAUUUUGUCACCACCAAGAUGCAUGAAUGGCAAGAACAUCUACGGGGACGAAUGUUCAGUAAAAUGCGCGCCUGGUUACGAGCUGGACGCAGGCUCUGCUAAAACGCUACGAUGCACGAGCUUUGGGUUCGUGAACAUUAAUGGGAACAUGCCCAUGUGCAAACCAAAGCCAUGCGGAAAACUGGCGGUGCCUAAUUUUGGCUUCACUGUUCCACCAAGCUGUUCCUCAGUGGGUGCGACACAAGGAAGCCAAUGUUACAUUUUCUGCGAUCACGGGUUCGUCCUUGCGGGGGAGAGAGCAUACACAUGUGAUCAGCAAAAAUACGACAAAGAUCCUUCAAAAACAAUAUGUGUUAGAAUCCCGAAGAUAGAAUGUCCAAGCGAUGUGACAGUUGCCUUGCCACAAGACAGUUCUCGCGUAGCCCUCGACAACAAUUUCCCUUAUUUCAGGACCAAUGUACGACGGGAUCAGAUUUCUUCCAACAUUGCAGGGAUUGGCCCUAGCUACGAAUUUCCUCUCGGUCACAAUGUUGUUGUUUACAAAGCAACAAAUGAAGUGAACCAAACAGACAAGUGUUCAUUUGUUGUCUCGGUGGAAGAUCGAAGUCCUCCUGUUCUCGAAUUCUGCCCAUCAAGUUUUACGGUCGUUAGCAAAGGUGCUGUGCCAGUUAAUGUCACUUGGGAAGAGCCUCGUUUCAAAGAUAAUGUUGGUGUACAAAGCGUUAUAGCUAGUAGCAAAAGUGGAGAGCUACGAUCUCCAACAGAUUUCACAGUUCUAUACAGGGCAUUUGACGCAAGUAGAAACAUGGCUACCUGCAAGUUUACAGUUUCUUUCAAAGUGCUAAGAUGCGAUUUUGACUCAAUUCCUGGAGGGGACCAGCUUAUUCAGAAAUCUUGCAUGAACAUGGGAACGUCACAUCUUUGCAUGGCGCAGUGUGUUCCUACAAAAACAUUUAACGUCAUCAACAGUAAACACAUGUUUUUGAAGUUCAUGUGGAGUUGUGUCAAGGCGGAUUUUGAAGUUGAUCAAAUGCCUGACUGCGUAGAUUUUCAACCAAAAAAUGGCAAGCCUUGCCCAGCAGGUUCUACUGAUGUCAAUGACUAUAGAAGUGGCCUACCAGUUUGUGCUAAGUGUGCCAGAGGGACAUACUACGUGAAUGGAAGUUGCACUGACUGUCCCACAAGUAUGUACCAACCGUUAGAAGGAUCAUUGUCUUGCGAGAAGUGUAAAAGUGGUUAUGGAACAUCUACUAAGAGAAAUAAGCUCUCUACUGAUUGCAAAGAACAGUGUCCACUUGGCUACUUCUCUACUGAUGGUUUAAGUGAUGGCCAAAGCAGUUGCGAAAUGUGCCCAAAGAACACGUAUGCCGACAAGUUUGGAUCAAAAUCUUGUCUAAGGUGUCCUAAUGGAACAACAACGGACGGCUCAGGACGUACCAGCAUCUCAGCAUGCAGAUAUGCCCCCAAGAACAUCAGAAUGGUCCCAGGUGGCACGAUUGAAGUUUCCGCUGGAGAGAAAGUCCAUUUUGAUUGCUUUGCUGAUGGAAAUCCAAUGCCUUUCGUGCACAUCCGGAAACAACAAUCACAAGCCAACCCUAUGACCCACAGUCUGCAACCAGUUGCUGCACCAAACAGUAACACGAAGGGCAUUCGUUACAUGAUUAGUUCAGCCUCGAUACAUGAUUCUGACUACUAUGUAUGCAGAGCUGAAAACAAUAAAGGGAUUAUUUACAACAAGAUUCAGCUCGUGGUAACAGAAGGGUCUGGUAUGAGUUCAAUAGGAUGAACUAAUGAUGUGGCCUCGAACUGAUGAUGGACCUCGAUUGAGGAUUAUCUACUGUUUAUCAAUAUUUCCUAUUCUUGUCUAUUAAGCAUAUCCAUUUUACUCAUGUAAUGAAAAAAUUAGAAAAUUUUACGAGUUGUGUGUUU